AUGAGGAGAGUUUGGGAAGAAUACAAAGGAGUAGUGAAAGCUUUAAGUGUGAGGAUUGAAAAUAUAGAACGAAGAAGAGAAGAUAGAUCAUCUAAGUCUUCUCAUGGAGAAGAUGAGGGGUAUGAAGAAGAUGAAGAAGGAAGGAGGAAUGAGAGGUAUAAGGGGAGAAGAAAUCAUAGAAGAUAUGGAGGUAGACAAAGAGAGGAAGGGAUUGAGGGAGUGAAGGUGAACAUCUCUACUUUUAAAGGGACUUAUGAUCUAGAAGUGUAUCUUGAGUGGGAGAUGCAGGUUGAGCAAGUCUUUGCUUGCUACAACUACAAUGAAGAGAAAAAGAUCAAAUUGGUCUCCCUAGAGUUUGAGGGAUAUGCCUUAGUGUGGUGGAAUCUAGUGAGGAGUGAUGUUGAGAGGAUGAAAAGGCCUUUGAUUAAUACUUGGCAAGACAUGAAGAGAGUUUUGAGAGAGAGAUUUAUGCCUUCCUAUUAUGGGAGAGACCUUCACAACAAGCUCCAAAGACUAAUUAAAGGAAAUAGAAGUGUGGAUGAGUAUUACAAAGAGAUGGAGAUUUCCUUGAUUAGGGCUCAAAUUGAGGAGUCUCAAGAGGCCACCAUGGCAAGGUUUUUGCAUGGUCUCAAUAGGGAGAUCCAAGACAUUGUAGAGUUUCACUAUUAUGCCUCUUUGGAGGAUCGCAUUCAUCCAGAUAUCAAGGUGGAGCAGCAAUUAAAGAGGAAGCAAACAUACAGGAAGUCCCCCUAUGGCUCUUCAACUUGGAAAAAUAAGGAAACAUUCAAGAAAAAGGAAGGAUCUUCAUUCAAAUUUCAUGAAAAGGGUCAUAUUGCCUCCCAAUGUCCUAACAAAAGGACUAUGGUUGUGUUGGGUAAUAGGGAUAUCACUAGUGCAUCUUCUUCUAGCUCUUCUAGUUCUUCUAGUGAGAGUGAAGGUGAAUGUGAUGUACAACCCCCAGAAGGUGACCUUUUGAUGGUUAGGAGUUGCACUAAUGUAGCUUGCCAAAGAUUGAUUGAAAAGCUUGCUUUGAAAACUUCCAUUCACCCUAGGCCUUACAAGCUACAAUGGUCGAGUGAGAAUGGAGAGCUAAUUGUAGAUAGACAAGUUUUGAUAUGCUUCUCCAUUGGAAAAUAUGUUGAUGAGAUACUAUUUGAUGUAGUCCCUAUGGAGGCUAGCCAUCUCUUACUUGGAAGGCUUUGGCAGUAUGAUAGGGAUGCUGUCCACAAUGGUGUCACAAACAAAUUUUCAUUUGUACAUAAAGGGCAAAAGGUUACCCUUAAACCUUUGUCUCCAAGUUUGGAAGAAUUAUUGAAGGAGUUUGGGGAUGUCUUUCCCAAAGACACCAUUCAUGGGUUACCUCCUUUGAGAGGGAUAGAGCACCAAAUUGAACUUAUUCCAAGAGCUUCCUUACCAAAUAAGCCAACAUAUAGAAGCAAUCUGGAUGAGACAAAAGAGAUCCAAAGGCAAGUGGAGAGCUUGAUGGAAAAAGGAUGGGUGAGAGAAAUCUUGAGCCCAUGUGCUAUGCCCGUCAUCCUGGUAGUUUACGGUUCUAGUCCAUUGCCCCCUCUUAAUUUGUUAUCUUUGCCUAACACUUAUGCUAUGAUGAAUAUGGAUGGGCUUUCUAAAGCUAAUUUUGUUAAGAGUUUGCAUGAGAAGGGGAAAGCACAAAUUGAUAAAAAGAUUGAACAAUAUGUGUCAUACCCUAAUUUCGUCUGGGGAUCAUCUGUUUGUUGGGGUGCGACCCUUGGUUGA